ACGGUCGUUGCCUGCCACUCCUUUGAGCAUAUCUGCUCGGUACAUUCUCUUGUCGCUCUGACUACCACGUUCAUUGUUCGACUGCCAACGAAUACUUGUUUGCGCUCAGGUUAGCCGCAUCUGCUUUUACUCAUCGAUACCCUACAAUACAAGCAAGCGCAACGCAAAUACCUAACCUGCCAUCUUCAACAAUCAUCGAUAUGUCUGCCUCUGUCAAGUUUACCGGCCUCUUGGCCUUGGCCUCUGCCGUUGCAGCUGUUCCCCACUACCAGCACAACAAGUUCCACCACAGGGCUGCUUACCCAACCGGCGGAUGGGGUGGUGCCUACAACAGCACCGCUGUUGCUGGUGCUACCGGCACUGGUGUCUACGGUGAUGACAAGACUACUACCCUGGACACCACCUCUACCUCCACUGCGACUGAAUACUCAACCAUCUACGUCAAGCCUACCGGCCUUGCAGGAGACAACAACAAGGGAGUCGAGGCCGCUGAUGCCUCCACUGGUGUCUGUGGCGCAACAGUCACCGUCACUGCCUCCGAGAAGGUCACCGUUACCGUCACUCCUGGCGGUGGCGCUGGUGUCCCCACCUCAUCUCCCGUUGCCGCUGAGUCCUCGGCUGACAACGGAUACGGAGCCAGCUCUCCGGCUGCUGAGUACCCCGCCGUUACCCCAACCAAGGCGGCUUCUUCAUCUGUUGUCGAGACUCCUGUCGAGACUCCCGUAGCCGAGACCAAGUCCUCAGCCGCUGCUGGUUACCCUGCUGAGACCCCCGAGGCCUCUGUCUCAUCCAAGACUCCAGAGAUCACCGCAUCUUUGAUCCAGAAGCCCGUCGCAGAGGCCAGCUCCGCUGUCUCUUCUGCCGCUCCUUCUCCCACUGCUGCCACUGGCAACAGCUACUCCGGUGUCAAGCGCGGUCUCGCCUACAACGAGGCUCACCUCUGCACUACCUUCGGCAGCAAGUUCGGUUUCGGUUACAACUGGGGCCAAACCGAGAGCAACGACAUUGGAACUACCUUCGUUCCCAUGAUGCACAGCCCUAGCAAGUCCAGCGCCGAAGAGUGGCUCGCCAACGUUGACAAGGCCGUCGAGAAGGGUUCCACCGCUGUCAUGGGCUUCAACGAGUGCGACCACGCCGAGCAGUGCGGUAUGGAGCCCGAGGCCGCCUGCGCCGCCUGGAAGACGUACAUGAACCCUGUCAAGUCGGCCCACCCUGACGUUACCAUCGUCGGUCCCAGUGUCACCAACGGCCAGGCCCCAAUGGGUCUCGACUGGCUCAGCCGCUUCAACGACUGCUGCCCUGACGCUAUCGUCGACGCCACCAACAUCCACUUCUACGACAUCUACGACGAGAAGACCAUCGACCGCUUCCAGGCUCAGGUCGAGAAGGCCGCUUCUCUCUCCGGAAAGAAGGUCUGGAUCACCGAGUUUGGUCUUAACCCCGGCUCUGCUUCCGAGGAGCAGGCUGCCAGCUUCCUCAAGGACGCCAUGGCCUACCUCGAUGGCUCCGACAAGGUCCAGGGUUACUCCUGGUUCAUGGUUGGUGACGGUGAGAACCAGCUCAACUCUGGCAACGGCCUCUCGGCUGUUGGCAAGGUCUACGCUGGUGCCGCUUAAGCGCCCUUUUCCCUCUUUCUCUCUUUCAUGAGACGGGCGGUUCUGGCGUUUCGUGGUUAAAACUUCUGUUUGUGUGUAUAUUUUGGGACUGGUGCAAAUAUCCUGGGACAGGCUUUGUUCUCGCGGACAUACACGGGAUAGAACGAACGACGCGCACUCUGAUGCAAAACGAUCGCUUCACAAUAUUGCUUUUUUGUUUAACUUCUAGUCACAAGGAUGUUUGAGAAGAUGUAGGAGGCUUGGUGUAGCGAUAUGAGACAAAUAGAAGACUG